AGCAGGGUGGGUGUCAGGUAGGCUGCAGUCACUCGUCUCACCUUCACUGUCCCGAUAGCCUCGUAAGCUCCUCACUGUCCGCGCGACUGUUGCGCCGAGUGCGUCGACUGAGUAGCGAUGUAGACGUCGCUCCGGCACUGGUUCUCUGCUUAGACUCGCUUGCAGGAGGUAUGUGAGUUCCUUUUCAUGAUGGCAGCGCCGAAAGAAAGAAGCAAACAGCCCUCAAAGGGACGAAACAAUAAUGCCAAGCCCUCCUUCAAGCCUCGCAAGGUCCGCCCCGUGCUGGCCACGCCCCCUGACGGUGGGUGGGGCUGGGUGGUGGUCGCCUCCUCCUUCUUCAUCUCCGUGCUGGUGGACGGCGUCUGCUUCAGCAUGGGCAUCUUCUUCAACCCCUUUAGGGAAUACUUCCAAGCCACCAACGCCGAAACCGCCUGGGUGGGGGCGGCACUCAACGGAACUUACUUGACCAUAGGUCCACUGGUCAGCGCAACGGUCAAUCGGUAUGGUUGUCGCCCUGUCGCCAUGGUCGGGUGUGUGGUGGCCAGUGCCGCGCUCUUUCUCAGCACAUUCUCUCCCUCUAUCUACGUCCUCAUCUUCGUCUACGGCAUUAUGACAGGAAUAGGCUUUGGGUUAGUCUAUCUCCCCGCUAUAGUCAUGGUUGGGUACUAUUUUGAGCGGCGGAGGGCGCUAGCAACCGGAAUCGCUUGCUGCGGCUCAGGAAUCGGGGCCUUCGCGUUCGCUCCUCUGUGCAACUACCUUCUAGACCUGUAUGGGUGGAAAGGAGCUACGUGGAUCUUGUCUGGGCUGGUGCUGCACGGUGUUGUCUUCAGUCUCUUCUACAGACCUUUGAAACAUGGCCGCGAGGACGUUACAGACACGCACAACAUAGAGACGAAAGAACAAUCAGAAGGUCUUCUAGUAGAAGCAAAUACUUAUAACAUCAGUCAAGCAGGCAAGCAGGAGAGACAGGAGGAAAUAAAAGACACUGGAGAAAGAAACAGACAUGAAGAACUUUCGUUUCCAAGGCUACCCUGGCGAGUGAUCCCAUUCACUUUACAAAAGAGCAGACCACACUUUCAGACAGCAGUUGGCGUGUGGAUCCUCUUGACGCCAAAGGAAGGUCGCAAACCGAUGACGGAAAGCGGAAAAGACAUGCCCAGCCCCGAAGGUAAUAAAUCAUUCCAGUUCGUCUUGUCGGAGCAUCCCCAAGAGCCGGGCAAAGCCAACGAAAUGUUCAAGACAGUCGUGCCGAGCUUUCGCCCCGUGGACACCGUGGACAGCAGCACCUACGCCUCGGAGUUCCACCUGACGAGUCAGGUGCCCACCUUGCGCAAAGUCCACAGUCACGAGCUCAUCAGCGAGAGCACCCCCAAGCAGCACUUCAGUCGCCGACAGUUGCGGAAGACGGAGGAGAGUCCUUUGCAGCGUCUGGACAUUUUCUACGGCGGCAGUCUGGAGCGGCUGCCGGAGUUCAAGUCCUCCGGGAGUAUCAGCAUCUACCGGCAGAAGGUAACGCGCAUGGAAGUGCUGCCAGAGGCUGAUGACGACCAGAAGAAGGAGCCGCCAGACAGCGGAAGUGACGUCAGCGACAAACGCAGCUGCUGUCGGAGAUGGUUCGUCGAUCCUCUGUAUCAAGUGUUCGAUUUUUCCUUGCUGAGGAGCCCGACAUUUCUGGUCUAUGGCUUUUCGUGCUUUCUGUGCAUGGCGGGAUUUUUCAUUCCGUUUCUCUACCUGCCCACUGUCGCUCAAGGUAUGCAGAUAGAGAAGGCGAUGGCAGCUUUCCUCAUUUCCAUUAUCGGCAUCGCCAACACGGUGGGCAGGGUGAUGGUUGGGUACUUUUCCGACAAGCCUUGGGUCGACCCUCUCCUCUGCAACAACUUCGCUCUCAUCAUCGGGGGCGCCGCCACCAUCACUGUGCCGUGGAUCAAGGUAUACGGCCUCUUCGCAGUGUAUGCCAUGGUCUUUGGCACCAGCAUAGCGGUGUUUGUGUCACUGCGGUCCAUCAUCAUGGUGCAGCUGAUUGUCGAGAGGCUGACCAACGCCUUUGGACUGGUGAUCAUGUGUCAAGGCCUCACAUCCUUCAUCGGGUCGCCCAUCGCAGGUGCUCUGUCUGAUGCUACGGGCAACUACGAUCUGUCUUUUUACGUGGGAGGGUCAACCUUGGUCCUGGCCGGCCUCAUCUGCAUCCCCCUGCGUCGCAUUGCAAACUGGGAAAACUCGAGAUUCGUUCCUUCGGACGUGUCCAUCGCAAGAAAAUGAGGGACAAGUCAACCUCCACAUGAAGCAAAGUGUUUGUUAAGUCCGACAGCUCUUUCGUGUGAAGUCGCCUACCUUUCUAUAUGUGUGUUACUUUGUAAAACCUAAAGAAGUCAUUUACUAACUACAGACGGAUGUACGAUGAUCUGCAAGCAAUUUUGCAGAGUUUGUGACAACUUUCAGAAUAUCGUUGCUUUAGAGUAGCACAUCAAUUUUUAGAUAUUAACAUCACGUUGUAACACUUUAUUUAUUCAUUUCUACGUAACAAGAGAUUGCUACUGCCAAACAUUCUAAUAAUUUCUAUCUGUUUUAUGUUUAGUAUAGAAUAUUUGUCAAGUCAAUUUUUAAACUUUGUUUUGUCUCUGCCAUAAUUGUUAUUAUAUUUAGUACUAAACUGAAUUUUAUAGCACUUUUAUUGAAACAUUACUAUGCAUUUUUAUUUGUAACUACACAGUUAACACAAUAUAAUAUUUUGGCAAUAAGUCAAACGUAAAUAGUAUGUUUACCGACUUCUUUGCUUUUGAGUUUGUAGCAUCAACGUGUUUCCUCACAUAGAAAAAAUAACAACUAGCGAAACCCCCAACCUUCCUCAUGGCGAGGUUCGAACUUAGAGUAAUUACUUAUAAAAGCUACCUCACUUUCUUUACAAGGUUUGACGCAGUACCUGCCUUUGGUACCUGCAGCUGUGCUUAUAUGUGUACGAUAGGGAAGCGGACAGCCGAGUGGUUAGAGCGCCGGCGUCCAACCUGAGAGCGCGCUGGUUCAAAGCCCGAUUAGCGCAGCAAACUUCCCCAGUCGACCCAGCUGGUGGGAUGGGUACAUGACUCCAUAGAGGGAUGGGGAAGGAGAGGAGAUGGGCAUCGCCCUCAUUUAAAGCUGGCCCCGAGAGAAAAGUGAGAUCUCUAACCCUCAAGGACUUGAAAAGGUUAGGAGAUGACCUUUGCCUUUCAUUACCUUUACUUAUUUCUACUAAUGACUAUCGCCAGUCACUGCUAAUUCCUCUGACUUUUAACAUAUUACCUGCCUCUACUAAUUACAUGAAAUGGUAUUCAUCCCACUAGCAGACUACAAGAUGAUCCAUCGAUGACCUGAGCAACUGCAUCACUCGGUUAAUUAUUGAAGCUUAUCUACAAAAACUGUUGGUGUGAUAACUGUCUAACUUCUGACGUGGAGGACGCAUUCACCGACUGCUUUUUGUGACACAGUGUGUCUAGAUACUGUAUUUCACGUCACAUGUGUCAACCUGCUCAGUAGGUCACAGUCGUACUUUGUACUGUUGUACUACACGUAUGUUCUGUGUAGCAUUUUCCGUGAAUGUUAGAAAGAUUCGUGUUUAUUAUUACCAAAAAUAUAGUUCACAUAACACACAUAACCACACACAAGCACGUAUAAACAAUAUUAGGUUAUUUUAAUUCAGGGGAAGCUACUGCUUAUUUCCUCAGGUACAAUGUUACGAUUCUCUCCCCUGCACAAUGUUCAGAUGUGAAUAGGAAAACAGAGCAACCGCCAAACACACAUUUUAAAGCGAAAUGAUGAACAGCAGGUGUGUUCAAAAUACUGUUUAAUGGUGAAAUAAUUUGUGUAACAUGCACCUGAACGUUACAGUGUUACAGUGUUACAGUGUAAUGUCUGCUUGGUACAAUACAAUGCGUUUGUUUUC